GACACUUUAGAAAUACAUCACUGGUUUCUGAAAUGUCAGUUUUGCUUACUUGAGUUUCAUUCAGGUUCGUCUUGACUGAAAAUUAGGCUGACCAUAUGUUUUUAAAGAAAAAACAGAUUUGUCACCAUAUGAUCUAAGUAUGAUUUGAUAAUGGGGAACUGAUUAAGUUUCCGAAAUGAUGAAGUAUUCAUAAGGGAAUAUAAAAACUUUUACAUGUGAAGAGAUCGAAAUCCAAACCACAUAUGCGUUUUACCCUUACAAAUGCAUCACUAUGUUUCCCGAAGAUUUUCUUAACGAACAACAAAAUUACAUAACAAAUAUGAUACUAGUAGUAAUUUUAGGGGGUUUACUGGGGAUUGUUUUUCUUCCCAAAUGCUAUAGAAUGGUACGUCAGUAUGACAUUUGUGACGUCACGUUAAAAUCACAACAAAAAGGAAACAGGUAGGAUUUAGGAUUACGUUAGUUAAAGAAUAAAAAAAACAUCAGGAUGAAACUGGUUUGUCUAAUAUCAAUUUGAAAUUGUUCAUUCAAUUGAAGUUGCAAGAGUUGACGUUCAUGACAUUAAAUAGACACACUGGAAUAUACCUAGUACCCUGUAUUGAUCGCUCUUGAAAUAAACAUUGCGAAAAUCCUUAAGAGGCACAAUGGAUCCACAGCUUUUUUGGGAACUUUCUUUCUUAGGGGUACUCUUGGUCAUCACUAGAGUUCUAUAUUUGAUAUUCCAAAUAACAACUGGUAGCACCAGGUCGAGUGACGUUUUUGGAAGAUCAAAAUGCAGGACAAUGAUUUUUAUUGGUUCAGGAGGCCAUACAACGGAAAUGCUAAAAUUAUUACGAGGCGUCGAAUUUUCUAAAUUCACACCUCGUUUUUACAUAAUGGCUAAAACAGAUCAAAGGAGCUAUGACAAAGUUGUGAACUUUGAGAAGACGAAAGAGGAUAAAGACUAUUUCAUAAUUAAAGUUCCAAGAAGUAGAGAAGUGCAUCAAUCUUAUCUUACAUCUAUUAUAACAACUCUUUACUCCAUUUUAUAUUCGGUGCCAAUUGUUAUAAAAACUUGGCCAGACAUUGUAAUCUGCAACGGGCCUGGUAGCUGUGUGCCAAUUUGUUUUAUUUGUUUUGUACUCAAGUGUUUGUUCAUUAAAAACAUUCAAGUAGUUUUUAUUGAAAGCUAUUGUCGUGUGAAGACUUUCUCUUUGACUGGUAAAAUAAUGGCAUAUUUAGCUGAUAAUUUUCUUGUACAUUGGUUAGAACUACGACAUAGAAUGAAGAGAGCUGAGUAUAUUGGAAGACUCAUUCCUACAAUGGAAGAACCUCCUUCGAACUUAUUGUGUGAACAAGAUGGUCAUGUUCCUCAAUUACCACCCCGAUUGAAAAAAGCUGAAGAAUCAGUAUUGGAAGAACCAACCUUUCCAGAUAAUGAUGACAUAGACGAGGAAAUUUCAGCACAAAUGACUCAAUCCUAUAGUGAAAUAUCCUUCAAAACUGAUCCAAGUCCAGGAGACGAAGAUAUUUUCUUACCAGGUUCUUCAGCCGUACCUCUAGCUGAGCAGAUGUUACAAAGACCUGCAACAUUGGCUUACGAUAGGAAUUUUACACCGAAUAAGCCUAUGAACCUCGAAGGUACUUUUCACAGAGAGGGUAACAUGACACAUUACGUUACUGAUAACUUAGAAUAUAAGAUCAAACUAUCUAGUCCUGUUUCAAAGAAAAGCGACACCCCUUCGAAUAGUUCCAAAAGUAGUACUCCUAUGAGUUUGCACCGCAGGAAUAUUUUCCAACAGAUGGGAUUACCAAACUUGUCGUUGUUGCAAGAUUUGGAAUAUGAAGCUCAGAGUAUGGCCACUUCGAUUGAUGCUCUCACAGAAAAUUUGUGUGAAAUUCUACAAUCAAUUUCUUCGUUAACAGCUCAAAAUGUUGAUAUAUAUAAAGAUGCUGUUACAAAGAUGUCUGAAGCCAUGGAUUCGAACAUAAAGAGUAUGUACACCAUGAUGGCCAAAGCUGAGGAAGUCACAAAAACCAUGAAGAAUGUACAAGGAUAUUCACAAAGAAUUAAAGAUAUCAGAAGACUGGUUGAUUUGUUUGAAAGCUACCUUUGAUUAAGGAAAAAACAAUAAUUUGCUUGAUAUGAUCUCUUAUUUAUAGGACUCGGAAGAUUUCUCUGUGUUUAUUCAGAAUUUAGUCAAUUUUUUAAUUCAAAUUGACUUUCAAUAAAACUUAUGAAGGCUUUUUGGUAACAUUCUUCCAAUAUUAUUCGAUAUGAGAAGAAUUAUAUGGAAUUAAUUAAGAAGAAUUGAAAUAAUCUGAAAAAAAGAAUUGAAUUAUUUUAUUUAUUGAAUAUAUAUAAUUGAAUGUAUUAUUUAAAAUAUAUUAUUUUCUGCAGAAGAAGCUCUAGAAAUAUUUAAGAUGUAUAAAAAAAAUAGUAAUAAAGUGUAUUUGCCAAAAAAUUACCAGAAUUUUCUCUAAAGAAAAAUUUAUGUUGGAUGGAGAACAUUCUCAUUUAUAAUAUUCUAUUUAUUUAUAGUGGCUACUAACUUGUGAUUUUUAGUUGCAAAAAUUCAAUAAAAAACAUUGUUCCA